AUGAAUGGACAUCAGUUUGCUUACUCGUCAGCGCCUGUAAGGCGAGUUAAAUAUGUACAAUUUGGAAUUUUAUCACCAGAAGAAAUUAAACAAAUGUCAGUUGCCCUAAUUGAACAUCCUGAGACAAUGGAUGAAACUGGGCACCGACCAAAACAAGGCGGUUUACUGGAUCCUCGUAUGGGUACUAUAGACAGGAACUUUAAGUGCCAGACAUGCAGCGAAGGCAUGUCCGAGUGUCCAGGCCACUUUGGACACAUAGAACUAGCUAAACCAUCCAAUGCAAAAUUCGCGGUAGCACGCAAGAUUCGUGAUCCUAAACGUCGUCUCCGUGCAGUAUGGGAUAUCUGUAAAUCAAAGAUGAUAUGUGAAAAAGGAGAAGAACAAGAAAAUGACCCAGAUAAAGCUUCGGAUUACGAAGAUGAUUAUAUUCCUAACGGCCAAAAUAAACCAAUUCCUCAAAGAACUACCACACCUGCAGAAGAUUUAGGUUUAAUAAAAGUAAAGAAACCUCAUGGUGGUUGCGGUGCUCGUCAACCUACUGUUCGCAAAGAUGGUUUGAAAUUAUAUACGAAUUAUAAAGCUCGAGAUUCUGAAGAACAAACGGGCCAAGAGACCAGACAGGUACUUACACCAGCACAAGUAUAUAGCAUAUUUAAGAAAAUAUCAUCAGAAGACUUGAUAGAUUUGGGAUUAAAUGAAGAAUAUGCUCGUCCUGAUUGGAUGAUUGUAACAUGUCUUCCUGUCCCUCCACCACCUGUUCGCCCAAGUAUUCAAAUGGAUGGAACGAGCAGAGGUGAGGACGAUUUAACACAUAAAUUGGCAGACAUUUUGAAAGCAAAUCAAAAUUUACGUCGUUAUGAGUCCGAUGGCUCUCCGGCUCACGUCGUUAGUGAAUUUGAAUCUUUAUUACAGUUUCAUUGUGCAACUUAUAUGGAUAAUGAAAUGGCUGGUCAACCACAAGCAUUGCAAAAAUCUGGUAGACCUUUAAAAUCAAUUCGAGCACGUCUUAAGGGUAAAGAAGGACGUCUUCGUGGAAACUUAAUGGGUAAACGUGUAGACUUUUCUGCUCGUACGGUUAUCACAGGAGAUCCUAAUAUAUCAGUUGAUGAAGUCGGAGUUCCGAAAAGUAUAGCUUCAAAUUUGACUUUCCCUGAAAUAGUAACACCAUUCAAUGUUGAUUUAUUACAAGAGCUUGUUAAAAACGGUCCUACAGUUCACCCUGGAGCUAAAUAUGUCAUUAGAGAUACCGGAGAACGUAUUGACUUGAAACAUACUUCAGGAACAAAUGUAGUACGAUUACAAAACGGUUGGAAAGUUGAACGACAUAUCAAUAACGGCGAUGUAAUUAUAUUUAAUCGUCAGCCAUCUUUACACAAAAUGUCAAUGAUGGGUCAUAAAGUUCGAGUAAUGCCAUUUUCAACUUUCCGUCUUAAUCUCUCCGUAACAUCACCAUAUAACGCUGAUUUUGAUGGGGAUGAAAUGAAUAUGCAUGUACCACAAUCGGUCGAAACUAAGGCUGAAAUUAAAGAAAUAUGUAUGGUGCCAAAACAAAUCGUAUCGCCCCAAUCAAAUAAGCCAGUAAUGGGAAUUGUCCAGGACACUUUAUGUGCUAUUCGUAAAUUUACCAAAAGAGACUGCUUUCUAUCUAAAGAUUUGGUAAUGAACAUUUUAAUGUGGGUUAAAGAUUGGGACGGAAAGCUUCCAAUUCCAUGUGUCUUGAAACCAAUACCAUUAUGGACGGGAAAGCAAAUUUUGAGUAUGAUCAUUCCCAAAGGUAUAAAUUCGGACAAUUUGCGUCAUUCUACUCAUCCUGACGGUGAAAAUACAGACAUGUCACCUGGCGACACAAAAGUUUUGAUUGAAGAUGGGGAAUUAUUAUGUGGUAUUGUUUGUAAAAAGACGGUUGGUACUGCACAACAAGGUUUAAUUCACGUAAUUAUGCAAGAAUUGGGUCCAAAUCGGGCAAAAGACUUUUUGAAUGGAUGUCAAGCUGUUGUUAAUUAUUGGCUGCUACAAAAUGGGUUUAGUAUUGGUAUUGGUGAUACUAUCGCCGACAAAGAUACCAUGGACAGUAUUACACAGACUAUUAAUAGUGCUAAAGAACGUGUAAAGGAAGUCAUCUUAUCCGCUCAACAGAAUAAAUUAGAAUGUCUACCUGGUAUGACAAUACGUGAAUCCUUUGAAAAUCAAGUUAACAAGGAACUUAAUACCGCGCGUGAUUCUGCUGGUCGAAGUGCUGAGAAAAGUUUAAGUGAAGAUAAUAAUGUUAAGCAGAUGGUAGUAGCAGGUUCAAAGGGUUCCUCCAUUAAUAUCUCUCAGAUGACAGCUUGUGUCGGACAACAGAACGUUGAGGGCAAACGCAUACCUUUUGGUUUCAAAUUCCGAACUUUACCACACUUCACAAAGGAUGAUCAUAGUCCCGAAAGUCGAGGAUUUGUUGAAAAUUCUUAUUUACGCGGCUUGACGCCACAAGAAUUUUUCUUUCACGCUAUGGGUGGUCGUGAAGGUUUAAUUGACACGGCCGUAAAGACCGCCGAAACAGGGUAUAUCCAGCGUCGUUUGGUAAAAGCAUUAGAAGACGUAAUGGUUAAAUAUGACGGGACAGUUCGUAAUUCUCUUGGAGAUAUUCUUCAAUUUUGUUAUGGAGAAGAUGGAAUGGACGCAUGUUACGUUGAAUCUCAAAACAUUGAUUCCUUACCUAUAUCCAACGAAACAUUUGAUAAAAAGUAUAUGGCAGAAUACGAACAAUUAAAGGAUGACCGCCAUUUAUUACAAACUUUUAUAUUUCCUAAAGGUGAUAAUAGAUGGCCAUUGCCAGUCAAUCUCAAGCGUCUCAUUAAAAAUGCUCAGCAAAAAUUCAAAAUCAUUCCUUCUCAAAGGACAAAAAGUGAUUUACAAUUUGUUGAUGUCAUAGAUAAUAUUGACGAACUUUUGUCAAAAUUGGAAGUUGUUAAGGGUAAAGAUAGAAUUAGUGUUGAAGCACAAUCAAAUGCUACUUUGCUAUUCAAGAUCUUGAUAAGAUCAUGGUUAGCCAGUAAACGCGUAAUUGAUGAAUUCCAUCUCAAUCAACAAGCCUUAAAAUGGAUAUUGGGUGAAGUCGAGUCGCGUUUUCGAAGAUCUCUAGUUUCUCCAGGUGAAAUGGUUGGUACAGUUGCUGCACAAUCUAUAGGUGAACCGGCUACUCAAAUGACUUUAAAUACUUUCCAUUACGCCGGUGUGUCGAGUAAAAACGUCACUCUUGGUGUACCUCGUCUUAAGGAAAUUAUCAAUGUUGCUAAAAACAUCAAAACUCCUUCAGUUCAUAUAUAUUUAAGGGGCAAAUAUGGGGAAGAAAUUGACCUAGCUAAAGAAGUUCAGUCCUCUAUUGAGUACACUACUUUGAAGACGGUUACUCAACGUACCGAGAUUUGGUACGAACCAGAUAUUACAACUACUGAUAUUGAAUCAGAUAGGGAAUUUGUAGAAUUGUACUAUGCAAUGGAAGAUAAGGAUUCCAUUUCUGGUUAUCAAUCUCCUUGGGUAUUGCGUUUUGAACUUAACCAUGAUGUUAUGCUUGAUAAGAAAUUACACAUGGACAUUGUUGGUAAUAAAAUUCAGGAGAAUUUCUCUAAAGAUAUUCACGCCAUAUGGAACGAUGAUAACGCUGACUUGAAAGUUAUACGUUGUCGAAUUAUCAGUGAGCCCGGUAGUACUAAAGAUCACGUAGAUGAAGAAAAUGGUCUCAAGAUCGAAGAAGAUGUAUUCUUGAAGCGUGUUGAAAAUAAUAUGCUAUCAAACAUAGGUCUACGAGGCAUUAAAGGAAUUCAUCGUGUCUACUUGACUGACAGUAAGAAUUCCCUCAUCUAUCUUGAUAAAUUUGGUUUAAUACAAAAAGAUAAGGAAUGGAUACUGGAGACUGAUGGUACAAACUUGCAAGAAGUUUUGAACGCUGAAAAUGUAGAUUAUACACGUACAUACUCUAACAAUUGUGUGGAGAUUAUGACAGUUUUAGGAAUUGAGGCAACUCGUGCAGCAUUAUUGAAAGAACUACGUGGUGUAAUAGAAUUCGAUGGUUCUUAUGUCAAUUAUCGUCACCUAGCUCUUUUGUGUGAUGUUAUGACUUCGAGAGGUCAUUUAAUGGCUAUUACUAGACAUGGUAUUAACCGUGCAGAAACUGGCGCUUUAAUGAGAUGUUCUUUUGAAGAGACAGUAGAAAUCUUGAUGGAAGCUGCUGCUGUCGGAGAAGUGGAUGAUUGUAGAGGAGUAGCAGAAAAUAUUAUGCUGGGUCAAGUUGCACCGUUAGGUACAGGUGAUUUUGAUGUAUUCCUUGAUCCAAUAUUGUUACGAACCACAGCACCUGCUGGAGAUAGUGCAAGUGUAAAGGCUAAAGAUGGUUACAGUGUUGGCGAUUAUCGUCGUUCUGGAGGUAGCAUGACACCAGCUUUAGGUUCCAUGACACCUUUUGGAGCUAGUGCUCGUACACCUCAUUUCGCGAUGACACCCAUGUAUGGUGCUAAAACACCUUUAUCAACUUAUGAUUCACCUGGACCUAGUUCACCAGCAUUUUCGCCAGCAUUUUCACCCGCAUUCUCACCUGUCCUUGAAGCAGGUGGUAAACCAGUAUCAGUUGGUGGCACUUAUAGUUGGCAAACAAGUCCAUAUAAUACGGGAAGUCCAAGCUAUGGACCAACUUCACCACAAUAUUCUCCAAGCUCACCUGCUCCGACGGCUUUUGCUCAUUCUCCGGGUGGUAGUAGUUCUUUUACACCUCAAAGUCCUGCUUAUAGUCCAACUAGUCCUUCCUAUUCUCCUUCUAGUCCUACAGGAAACUAUGGUGGUGCUACAAUGAGUGUUUCGGGUUCGGUUACUUCAACACAAUCAACUUAUAGACAGCAAGCAACAAGUCCUACUUAUUCACCAACGAGCCCAUCAUAUUCUCCUAGUUCUCCAAGCUAUUCCCCAACCUCUCCUAGUUACACUCCAACAUCACCAAAUUACACUCCAACAUCGCCAAAAUAUUCACCUACCUCUCCAAACUAUUCACCCACCUCUCCAAGUUAUUCUCCAACAUCGCCUAAUUAUACACCGACAUCUCCUAGAUAUUCUCCUAACCAAGCUCAAUCCCAGCAUUACUCUCCAACGUCACCAAUAUACUCACCAACUUCUCCAAGUUAUUCACCAACUUCGCCUCAUUAUUCACCUACUUCUCCAUCGUAUUCUCCAACAUCACCUGUUUACACACCCUCAUCGCCAAGUGCGUCAGGAAGUUAUGCGCCGUCAGGAUAUUCUCCUUUAGGUGCCGGAACAGCACCAACGUAUAGUCCAAAUUCUUUAAUAAGCCAAUCAACAAUUAGUAGCAAUUCUCCCGCAUCUCCUCGAUAUAGUCCAACUUCACCUUCCUACUCCCCGUGA